UCAUUAUUAUGCACAUGGCAACCAUGAGGUGGUACUCUAAAGCAGUGAUAUAAGACAACGCUCUGGCACAGUGGCACAUUCAUUUGUUGUGUUACCUCGGACAACAUGCACAAGGCACUAGUCUUUCUCUCCUGCGUAGCGGCCGUUCUGGCUCAGGAUCCCGUGAAGAUUCACCUCUACUACGAAACCUUGUGUCCUUACAGCAUUGACUUCGUCGUCGAUCAGCUCUACCCGACAUGGACGGAACUAAAGGAUAUCAUGGAAGUGGAGAUGUUCCCCUUCGGAAAUGCACGAUAUUCACCCGACGGAGAGGGCUGGGCCUUUAGCUGCCAACACGGUGCCGACGAAUGCAAAGGAAACAUGAUUCACGCAUGCGCAAAGGACCACUUCAAGGAUAUCAACCUCGAAAUGGAUUUCGUCAACUGCCUUCUCUCCGCCGGCCAUCCUGCGAGUGCAGGUCCUAAGUGUGCUUCCGAAGUCGGCGUUGACUGGACCCCAUUAGAUGAAUGCAUAAGCUCCGUUGAAGGACAGGAUUUGCUCCAUGAGGUCGCCCUGCAACAGGAACAGCUCAGUCCAGCUCUGUAUUUCGUUCCCUGGAUUAUUGUAAACGACUUCUUCUCCGAGGACCAAGUUGGUGAAUGCCAAACCGACUUGAAGAAGGUCGUAUGCGAGAAGUACAAAGGAACACCUCCACCAGCCUGCAGUGCAGUACAGAAGCAGACGCGACCAGCACCCAAACACCCAAAACGUUCCUUUGCCUAGUGUUUCUGACCCAAGACUAGAAAUUAAAUGCCUAUGAAGUAAUA